UUGAGGAGAGCACGGACACCUCCCUAUGGUGACUAACAGUUUAGCUGUCCGUUAGAUUCAGUCUGAUUUAAGUAAAGAAACGAUUCGGUAAUUCAAUCUGCGUACAAACUUUACCGGGAGAUAAACACGUCCGUCUGUGAGGCGGAUAUGUGACUGUCGGUCACCGCCCCCCCCGCCGCGCCACGCGGGGUUUGCUCCCAGUUUCCUCUUUAACAAACGGGAAGUUAUUUUUUUUCUGCGCGGAGUCAUAUGAUGUGACUGUAAGGAAGGAGGAACUGUGCUGCUGUGACACACGCAGACAUACAGGGACAGGACCUGCUGCGUAUCUCCCUCAGAAACAACACAAAGUGUCAGACUGCACAAAGAGGAAGGUUCGUGUGUCCGCCGGAGGAAAGUUAACCGCACCGAGCUGUGAUGUCAUCACCGUGUGAACCGAAACUCCGCCACACUCACAGCUUCUCCUGGCGUGACAGCAGACACUCAGCCGCACUGGAGCUACUGUAAUAUGAUGUAACACAGCUCGUAUUAAGUCACGAUCACACUGGUGUUACUGUAACUGUGACCGUACCGUGACCAUGCUGCAGCGGUGUGGCUGCUCCCCAGCCUCGGCUCUGACGGCUCUGACUGAGUGACCUCGAUGCUCGCCGUCAGCUGGCCUCAGUAUUUGACAGACCAUGGUGAACCAGGAGGAGCUGGAGGAGAGGCUGAAGAAACUGCUGGUGAGGCUGAAGAUCCCGCAGGAGGACCGACAGCUGUGCACCCUGAUCCAGAUCAUCCAGGACCUGCUGUUCCUGGCGCACACCGACACUGCAGCUGAACUGUUUGAAGGCAAAGAUGUCCACGCCCCCCUCAUGACGGUGCUGUCGUCCCAUAUCAGCAGCAAAGGAGUCCAGCAGGUCGGUUGGUCAUUGUUGUGUCGGCUGAUUGAAAUAUGCCCCGAUACGCUGGAAGAGUUGACCAGACCUCUGAAGGCAGCCAAGGACUGGGAGGUACUGGGAGUGCACCAGCAGAUCCUGAAGGUUCUCUCUCAGUACAGCGCAGACUGCAGAGUCACCAUGGUUGGACUCAGAGCUCUGGCUCUUCUGCUCAGAUCAGACAUGCUUCCUCUGCUGGUGCUGGAGGAAGAGGAGGAUGUGUUCAGCCUGGUGGUGCAGGCGAUGAAGACGUUUCCUACCAGUGAAGAAGUUCAGCUCCAAGGCUGCGGAGCUCUGCAGCUCCUCCUGGAGAGAGUGAGUGAAGACCACCUGGUGGAGUUUGUGGAGAACCAGGAUCAUGUUGUGGUUCUGGCAGCUCUGCAGAGGUUCCCUGACAGCCCUGAGCUGCUGCUGCAGGCCAUGAAGGUGCUGCUCCCUCUGGCUCAGCCUGUCAGUAACGUGGAGAUGCUGAUGUCAGGAGGUGCUCGCUGCUAUAGCCUGAUCAUCGCCGCCAUGGACGCCUUCCCCGAGGUGGAGGAUCUGCAGGAGACGGCGUGCUGCCUCUUCAAGAGGUUUACAUCAGAGAGCUACUACAACAUCCUGGUACUGAACGGCGUCCAGAGGGUCGCAGUGAGAGCCUGUCAGACUUUCCCCGACAACGCCAUGCUGCAAGCCGCCGCUCUCUCCUGCCUGGCAGACCUCACCGCCACCAUCGUGCAGAACAAAGCGGUGGCCGAGCAGGGCCUGGAGGAAGGAGAGGAGGAGGAGAACAGGGGGAGGGAGGAGGUGGAGGACAUGGGCCUGGGCUGGAUGGAGGCCUGCUGUACGGCCCUGGAGCUCCACGCUGAGGAGCCGGAUGUUCAGGAAGCUGCAAGCUGGGCCAUCCAUAACCUGUUACUGCACGGAGCUGGACUCAACCCUUCAGAGGAGGAGCAGGAUGAGAGGACUCCUGUUCACAGACAGUUAAUGGCGGCCAUGCUGCUCCACUCCGCCUCUCCCAGUGUGUUUCAAGCUGCUACCAGUGCCAUUGCCACACUCCUCACACACAACAGUAAAAUGCGUUCUCUGCUGCUGUCCAGCGGCCUCCACGUCAACCUAGUGGAGAUGAUGAAGAGACAUUCGACGUCAGCUGAGGUUUCCAUCAGCGCCUGCAAACUGCUCAAACUGCUCUUUCAGGGAAGGACAGCCAGUCUGGAUGAGUUGAACAUGGCCAUGAGUCAAAUCCUCAGCACCAUGAAGAUUCACAACUUCCAGCCAGAGGUUCAGCUGGAGGCUCUGCAGGCCAGUCUGGUCUUCCUCUGCCCAGACAGGAGUUUAAGGGAGCACGGCGUCUCGGUCGCAGAUCCUGACAUGGCCGACGUGUCGCUGAAGGUCCUGAAAAAUCAGUGUGUGGUGGAAGGAGCUCACACACUCUACCUGGAAGUUCUCAACAGGUUCAUCAGCAGCUCGUCCAUCCAGCAGUGUGGUCUGAAGGUGCUGUCCGCUCUGGCUGACUGCUCCGGUGCGGUGGACCUGCUCUGCCAACAGGGGGCGAUAGACACAGUGCUGCAUACACUACAGAUGUUCCCUCAGGAACGAGAGAUACACUACUGGGGUCUGACCCUGCUCAACUACCUCGUAUCUAAGAAGAAGCUGUCGAGGAUGAUCGUACCUGUUCUGGCCUCCGUUGUUGUCGCCUCUCUCAUCCAGUACAGAGAGGACAGAGAGAUGCUCCUGAAGUGUGUUCAGGUGGCGUUGAGGAUGCUGGACGCCUGUUCAGGAGCAGCUGCUGAGCUGCAGAGAGAAGACUUUGACAGGCAGAUCUUCCAACACCUCAGAGAGGAGACCGCUGACAACCCCCUGCGUAAGUCGCUGUGUCUGGCUCUGUCUAAGAUGCGGUGCGACCCACAGCUUAACUACAGCAUGCUGGAAAAGGCCUGCGAGGACGGAGACACGAUAUUGGCCGAGUGUCUGAUCGAGCUCGGCACCGACAUCAACAGGAAGACCAAAACAGAAUCUCUCAUCUACAAGGUGUGUGAGAGAGGCGGUCCUCUGGAUCUGGUGGAGCUCCUACUCAGCCGAGGCGUCCACGAGCAGCACCUCCGCAGGGCUCUGGCUGUGAGCGUGAAGCGUGGCGAAGGACCCACCGUCAUUCAGCUGCUGGGCCGUCUGGGUCUGGACCUCAACAACAGCGCCCUCUGCCUCGGGGGCUUCAGGCUGGGCCGCCUGGACGCCGCCUGGCUCAGCCCGCUGCUGGCUGACAGAGGCCGAACGCACAGUCUGCGUUACAACAACAGUAAAGGAAUGAGUCUGGCGAAGUACAUUGACUCUUUGCAGAAGUCCAAGAGUACCAGCGGUCCUUCAAGAUCUGUGACCGACCCCUGUCUGACCUCCGGCUACAUCUCUGACGAGAGCGACGACUCCAGCUUCAGCUUUGUCUCCGCAGAUGACAGCUUGUUUUUAAACGACGACAUGGAGAGUGACGGAAGUGAUUCACUGUCCGGAGUUCUGUCUCCAAAGGCUCAUAAUAAUUCGACAGAAGAGCUGAGAGGAGUGUCGUGCAAAAAGAAGCAGGGCCGCCGCAGACACGCCAGUGCAGAGAGCGGCCAAACGGAGAACGAACACAGUGAACAUGUGCACAGGAGAUAUGGAAGGACCGGCUCCAGCCAGAAAGUGUUUGGAUCAGGUGAGAGCUCUGCUGCUCUGCCUAAAGAGCGAGAGAGGAUCCGCCUGUUGGACCUGUCAGGUAACGAGUUGGACUCUCUGUCCUGUCUGAUGGACGACGGCAUCGUCCAGCAGCAGCUGGGUCAUCUCCUCCGUCUGGACCUGAGCCACAACAACCUGCUGGAGUUCCCCUCAGCUCUCUGUCAGAGUUUGAAGAGUCUGACCCGGCUGGACCUGCAGGGGAACCAGCUGCAGUCGCUGCCGGUGGAGCUGCUGUCUCUGCUCUCACUGAGCAUGUUGAACGUCUCUCGUAACUGUGUGGGUCCCAUCCUGACCUUUGACCCCGCUGUCACCUGCCCAUCACUGCGCCAGCUCAACCUGUCCUUUAACAAGAUCACCACGUUCCCUCAGGAGCUGGGCCGCGCCAUGGACCAGCUGGAGGAGCUGUUUUUGGAAGGGAACAGUAUAACGGAGCUGUGUGUGCCUCUGUGUCUGCCUGAGAUCAAACUGCUCGAUGUGAGUAAGAACAGUGUGGAGAAUAUUUCUCCAGACUUCCUGACCGGCUGCCUCAAACUGGAAACCUUCAGCGCCUCCAUGAACCAAAUCAGUUCUCUGUCACAUCUGCCCUCCAAGAUCACAACACUGAAACUAGCAAACAACAGCUUCACGUGUGUUCCUGAGGCCAUCCUGCAUGUCCCAAACCUGCGGUCAGUGGACAUGAGAACCAACAGCAUCACUGAUCUGCCCGGUCCGGGACUCUGGGAGUCCAGCAACCUCAGAGAGCUGAUGUUCAGUCAGAACUGUAUCAAAGUCCUGGACCUGAGUGGGCCCAUCUACAAAUGGACCAGACUGGAGAAACUCCACCUGAGUGACAACAAGCUCACUGAGAUCCCUCCACAGAUCGGCCUGUUGGAAGGCCUGACCUCUUUGGAUGUGAGUCGUAACGCCAACCUGCGGUCCUUCCCUGAUGAGAUGGGGAAACUGGGCCGACUGUGGGACCUGCCGCUGGACGGCCUUCGACUCCAGCUGGACCUCAAACUCAUUGGCAGCAAGACCAAAGACAUCGUCCGGUUCCUGCAGCAGCGUCUGAAGAAGGCGGUGCCGUACUACAGGAUGAAGCUCAUCGUGGUGGGGAACGCAGGCAGUGGGAAGACCACCCUGAUCCAGCAGCUGAUGAAGCUGAAGCGCUCCCAAGUAAACUCAAAGCAGAACGCUGUUGGUAUUGACGUCAGGGACUGGACCAUCAGAGAACGGGACAAGAAGAAGAUGGUGCUUAACGUCUGGGACUUCUCAGGUGGAGAAGAGUUCAGCGGCUCUCACCCUCACUUCCUGACGUCCAGAGCUCUGUACCUGGUGGUUUACAACCUGAGUAAAGGAGCCAGUCAGGUGGACGCCCUCAAACCCUGGCUCUUCAACAUCAAGGCCGUAGCUCCUCUGUCCCCUGUUAUCUUGGUGGGAACUCACACAGAUGUGAGCGACGAGCUGCAGCUUCAGGCCUGUCUGACCAAGACCAGAGAGGAGCUGCUGAACCACCAGGGCUUCCCCGCCAUCAGGGACUACCACAUGGUCUCCGUCUGCGAGGACUCGGACGCCAUGACCAAGCUGCGCAAAGCCAUCGCUAGAGAGGUCACCAGCUUUAAGAUCCAGGGCCAGCCUGUGAUGGGCCAGCUGAUUCCAGACAGCUACGUGGAGCUGGAGCGCCGCGUUCUGCAGGAGAGAACCAGGGUUCCUCCGGAGUUCCCCGUCCUCAGACACCAGGAGCUGCUGCAGCUCAUCCAGGAGAGUCAGCUGCAGCUGGAUGAGGCCGAGCUGCCCCACGCUGUUCACUUCCUCAGUGAAGCCGGAGUUUUACUGCACUUUGAUGAUCCUGCUCUGCAGCUCCAGGACCUCUACUUUAUCGACCCACAGUGGCUGUGCAACAUCAUCUCACAGAAGCUGACAUCAAAGAGCUGUGGCUUCUGGGAGCACCCUAAAGGACUCGUCCAGCGCUCAGUGGUGGAAAAGUUUCUGUCUGAGACUAAAUGUUUCCCCAAGAGUCACCUGACGCAGUUCUUCAAACUGCUGGAGAAGUUUCUGAUCGCUCUGCCCUUCAGCGAGGACCAGCUGCUGAUACCCAGCAGGUUUUAA